GGCCGAUUCUGGCCUCUCCGACCGGGAGCAGACGGUAGAAAUCUCACUAUAUCCUUGCAGGGGGUUCAGCCAUGUUGUGGAACAAUGUUGUUCGAGCCGCCAUUAAGAUGUGGAGGAAGAUUCUCAUGGUGGCCAUACCAAUUAUGUUCCUUCCCUUCCUGAAUGUGUCUGAAAACGGUCAGAUGUGGAAAUGUGCGUACGUGGUCCUGAUCAUGUCCUUGUACUGGAUCGUCGAGCCCAUACCGCUAGGAGCUACGUCUAUGAUUCCAGUGGCACUCCUUCCGCUGUUAGGACUCAUGAGAACGGAAGAAAUAUGCGACUUCUACAUGAAUGAGACCAACAUGAUGUUUAUCGGAACUCUGACAAUGGCGAUUGCCAUCGAACAUUCGAACCUGCACCAAAGGCUAGCGCUGAAGACGCUUUGUCUUACAGGAGCUGGCAUACGGCGGUUGGUUUUAGGGUUGAUGCUCAUCUCUAUGUUCUUGGCAAUCUGGAUCAACAACGUGGCUAUCACGGCCAUGAUGAUGCCGGUGGUCGACUCUCUCGUAGUCGAGCUUUUCGGAAAAAAGGAAGCAGAGGGUGAAGAGUGCAACGACGUGAUGACCGAGAAGAUGUCUCUUAAAUGCGUGGAAGCGAAGCAAAACGGCUACGCCAAAGUGCCAACUUCAGAGAAGGAGCUUGUGGCAUACCAGGAAGAAUGUUGCCCCGCGGAAGAGGUAUUAUCAUCUCCUUCAGAGGUCGACGGCAUCACGAUUGAGCAGUGCAGGAAACGGAUAAGGGUCCUGUUCUACCUUAGCGUUGUAUACGGAGCCAACACUGGGGCAAUAACGACCAUAACGAGUGCUCCGUCCAAUAUUAUCUUCAAGUUCGUUAUCGAAGACCUCUACAAGGACAGGGCACCGGUGGACUACGCAUCCUGGAUGUUUUUCGCCAUUCCCAUCACUGUGCUGAGCACAGUAUUGUUCUAUUUCGCGAUCAUCGCCCUCUUCUUCUGGAAAAGGCCCGAAAUGGAUCGGUGCUGUACCUCUGGAAGCGACAUCAUCCGACAGAACUACAAGGCUCUGGGACCCAUAAGGUUUCACGAAGUGGCUGUUGGAUCUCUCUUUCUCCUGUUGGUCUUUCUGUGGAUCUUCAGAGAUCCCAUGUUUGCGAAAGGCUGGGCUACGUACUUCGGCGCCGUGAAACCCAAGGACGCCACUGCCGCCAUGAUGGUAGUGGUGCUCCUCUUCAUGAUCCCGGCGCAGCCAACAGACAUCGUACGGUCCCCUCCUCUUGUGUCAUGGCGGCUGGUUCAAGCCAAGCUACAGUGGAGUGUUAUACUGCUUGUCGGAAGCGGAUUUGCACUGGCUGAGUCCACUCGAGUUUGUGGCCUGUCUCAGAAAAUCGGACAUUUCCUCGGAGGUUUGGGUCACCUUCAACCGUUUGUGCUUAUGAUAGUCCUGGCCGUCAUAUGCUCCGUCAUAUCCGAAGUUAUCUGCAAUGCUGGACUAGUAACGCUUCUGCUACCUAUAUUUGCAACACUGGCUGAAGAUCUGAACAUCAACCCCUUGCUUCUUAUGGUUCCUGCUACCAUCACCAGCAACUUCUGCUUUAUACUCCCGGUCGGGACGCCGGCAAAUACCAUUGCGUAUGAGCAUGCCCACCUAAAAAUAUCGGAUAUGGUUCUUCCGGGUUUUGUGGUGAAACUCAUCACGAUGUUUGUCACUGUGAUAGUAACAUACGCGCUCGGCGACGCGGUAUUCGGGAUGUUCGAAAACCCGGAAUGGGUUGUCGAGAACACUGUGCAUCUCACAGGAACUUUGCUGAAUUCUACGCUACACCAAACUUGAACUAUGAAGACCCGCAAAUUUUGAAGAGCGAAGUAGCGUGGACAAAGCAGACCUGCUGCGCUGUCCACGUUCCCCCCCCCCCUCCGGCCGCUGCAAAACCGGCUAAACUGUAAAUAAAUCACAAGACAGGUGAA